AUGAGGGGUGAUGACGGCUUGGAGAUAUCGGACAGUACAAAUAAGGCUGAGCACUUUUCUCAAUUUUUCCAAUCCGUUUUCACAAGAGAAGCGGACUUUACCCCAUCUAAUUCUGAGAACAUGAAAGAUCCCACUAUCGAAAAUAUUGUGUUUCGAGAAGAAGCGAUUUUGGAGGAACUGAAAAGCUUGAAGGAAUGUAAAUCUCCCGGUCCGGACGAGAUUCCAGCAAAGCUGCUCUUUGAGCUUGCCCAACAGCUGGCCAAGCCACUAACCUUUCUGUGCCAAAAAUCGUUUGGUGCUGGAAUUCUUCCCACGGACUGGAAGACGGCCCACAUUACACCCCUUUACAAAAGCGGUAGUCGUGCUCAGGCGACAAACUACAGACCCGUCAGUCUGACAUCAAUCUGCUGCAAAGUGAUGGAGAAAACAAUCACAAAGGAGUUGAUGGCUUACUUGGAAACCCACAACCUCUUGUCCAAUACACAAUAUGGUUUCCGUAAGGGAAGAUCAUGUGUUACGAACUUGCUAUACACAAUGCAAAGUUGGACACGAGCACUGGACGCAAAACACACCGUGCAUGUUGCCUAUAUUGAUUUUCGGAAGGCGUUUGACAGUGUUCCGCACCAGCGUCUCCUACACAAGCUGAGAAUUAUGGGCAUCAGUGGCAAACUUCUCAAAUGGAUCGAAAAGUUCCUUGUCGGCCGCUCCCAAAUUGUCUGCGUAGAACAACAGCAAGCAAGGUGCACAUUCAUAGAGAGUGGGAUCCCACAAGGCUCGGUGCUCGGACCAACUCUCUUUCUCUUGUUCAUCAAUGAUUGCGUAGAUGGGUUGGACUGUGAUUGUGCCAUGUUUGCGGAUGACAUAAAAAUCUGGAAAGUUAUCCAGAAUGCUGCCGAUGAGACCAACUUCCAAGAAAAUCUUUGUCGGUUGGACGAGUGGUCCCGCAGAUGGCUCUUGUCCUUCAAUUUGAACAAAUGCACCAUUCUGCGCCUCGGAAAUCAGAGCCCUAAAACGCGCCAAUACCAUCUGAACGGAAUGCCACUCCGAGAAGCAGAAACUCAGAAAGAUCUCGGAGUUUGUGUUGCAGACAGCCUAAAGCCUUCUACACAAUGCUGUAAGGCGGCCAAGGCCGCAACCUCAAUGCUAUAUGCCAUCAAGCGGGCAUUCGUAGUUUUCGAUGAAGACUGCUUCACCAAAGUCUUCGGCACGUUUAUAAGGCCCCAUCUCGAAUAUGCAAUUCACGCCUGGAGACCGUGGACGCACCAGGAUUACGAUCUGCUCGAAAGGGUGCAGAGGCGAGCCACAAAAUUAGUAAGAGGUCAAAAUGUACUGCCAUACGAGAUCCGCUUAACUAACCUUAAUCUCUAUCCUCUGAGUUAUAGGCAGUUGCGCGGAGACAUGAUACAAACUUUCCGUAUCGUGCGCGGCUUGGAUUGUGCCCUUCGGUGCGAUGACUUUUUCCAACUCGCCACUACAACUCAUCUCCGGGGACAUCCCUUCAAGCUACGUGUGCCACAGGGUAGACUGAAUGUGAGAAAAUAUUUCUUCUCCAACCGUGUCGUGGAACAGUGGAAUAACCUGUCCGAGACGGUUGUUAUGUCUGAAUCUGUGGCGACAUUUAAAUGUCGCCUUGACAGAUAUAUGCUGCAGCAACAAGCGGACUAUGUGACUUUUUAACCAUGUGACUAGUGACAUAUGUGAAUCAAUGUAUGCACUCACUUAAUGCUGUAAUUUCUUCGCAUUUUUGCUUGUUUAUCGAUUUUUUAUGUACAAAUAGUGAGUUCAAAGGCGUAAGCCUAUUUCCCUCAAAUACACUGACUGACUGACUGACAAGCCUUGCACGUCCCAGCAGCGUAUCCACAAGAAGUGUGAGGCGGACAGAAAGGCAUCGUGGAAAAGGCAGAGGGGAAGGAGACGCGAACUGCCACAGUUACUGUGCCGAGGCGCCAGACCACCUUGCCUUUCCCUACCUGUUCCUCAUUCUUGAACUUACUGGUUGUUUAGCUGAAUGGAAGGAACACAACACAACGCGACGCGCUCGGCAUCUGUUGGAUUGUCAGGUCGUUUGACUUUUGAUUGUUAAUUCUUUCAUAACUGUGGCCAUAUUAUGAUAUCCAUAGUCUGAAAUCGACAGUUCUGUCCUUAGCGCUCGCAACAGUGGUGACCCUUCGACGUUCGCGCAUGUGCCUUUAAUCUGUUGACUUUCUAUUUGCAUACAGCCCGUUUGCUUUCAUUAUUUCUACCAUCAUGACCUCUACCAAUUUCAAAGAUGUCACUAGUUCCCUCAGUGGACUUUUUUCUUCUCUUCCAGACCUUUGGCAACCAGCGCCAAAACUUCAUUUUCUCCGUAUCGUGGCGACAUUUCACUCCGCCAAGAUAACGCGAGAAACAGACAAAUAUUAUAAUUUGGUCGAGGCCCUUCUCCCGAUCAUUCUUUCCACAGUCCCGAAUUUUUUGCGAGAUCCCCCGACUGAUGCUCCCUACAUAAAGUUAAAGACUGAACUCCUUCGCCUGACAUCAGUCUGGGAUCGGCAGCGUUAUCACGCACUGGUAAAUGAGGAGGCCUUGGAUGACCGUAAGCCGUCGGAACUCCUGCGUCGCAUGUGCCCUCUCACAGAGAACAUGGCCAUCGACGGCAAGUUCUUUAAAGAGAUGUUCUUAGAACGUCUGCCGACGUUGGUACAAACAGUCUUGGCCUCUGGCUCCGACGGCCUAGACAAAUAA